AUGAAGGCCAAUGCUGUACUGUGCUAUAAGUGCAAGAAGAAACAUGCUGUAGUUUGCACAAGGGAAAAAUCGUGCAAGGAUUGCUUUUUACAACUGGUCGAAUAUACAUUUAAGAAUACGUUAAGGGAAAAAUGUCUGUUUAAAAACAAGGGGGGUCAUAAUUUUCAACUUCCAGGACAGCUUGUACAGAAAAAUGAUAAAAGGGAGGAUAUACAGAAAAAAAAGUGCAAUAAAUCGGUUGCACAAGGAGAAUAUGCCCCCUGUAAAAAUGGACACUUUGCGGAAAGAAGCUCUUGCAAGGAUCUGAACGAAGAAAUGUGCUCGGAAGGGACAGGAAGGAAGGGAAAAUAUAUCACCACAAUGAGGACACAGCCGGAAAAGAAAAAAACAGCUAUCGCGUUUUCCGGGGAAAUUUGUUCCUCUUUUUUACUCUAUCUGUUUGUAAAAUAUUUGAAAAACGUCAAAAAUAGGAAAAAUGAUUUGUUGCUGACGAAUGAAUUUUGUGUUUUUAGCGAAAUAAUAUUCGUAGACAUUUUUGAAGAUGAAAAUUAUAUUCUUAGCUUGAUAAAAUAUAUCGAGGACAUGUUUCGCUGUUUCGAGGAAAGCGGCGAUUUGAAGAGGGAAUGCAACGAUGAGGCGGUGGACAGAUCCGUAUACCAGGAGCACACGUGCCACACGGACAAGCAAUCUGAAGAACACGGGGAGGGAACCCAACACAGCCACAAACAUGACGAAUCGUCUCCUGCAAAUGGAUAUGAUAAGAUACUGUUCGUUAACGGUGUGUUUAAGAAAAAAAUAAACAAAGUACACUUUACAGUGUUAAAAAGCAAUUAUUUUGUGAAUGAUCAUUGUAAGAGCGAAUUUCUAGAGCACUAUGAAUUGGUGAAAAAGGAAAAAAAAAAUUAUUACUUAAAUUACAUAAACGAGCUAAUUAUAUACAAUGCUAUUUUAAAGUACAGUAUGGACGAGAACAUCAAUUACGUUCUGUUUGGAAAUAACGCAAAUAACAUCUCCAACAAAUCAUUUUUGUAUACCAUAUUUGGUAAUGGAAUAAAUCUACCCAUAUGCACAGCAUAUAUAGACAACAGAUAUAAGAAUAUAAAUUUGAUAAAACCAUUGAGGGAUCUGCUAAAUAAAGAAAUAUACAUUUACUGCUUUUAUAAAAAUAUUGCCUAUUUACGCAACACAUCCUUUGAUGGGAAUAUUGUCUAUGGAACCAUAAAUGAAAUGCUGUCUUCUCUGGAUUCGAAGAAUAACACAUCAUCCAUAAUUAACAACACCACGAGCAAUUUGGUAAGCAUAGCCAAUUUGACGAACGUGCCGAAGCUGGCAAACAUGGAGAGCAUGUGUAAUGUAGCAAAAAUGGACAAUUUGAUAACUCCCAUGCAACAUCACAAUGGAGGAAAGAAUCAAGAUGGCUACAACCUCACUAAUGUGAAUAGGCAAGAUGGAGAAAAAAAUGGCGACAUAGAAUUUAUGCCAGAAAAGUUAUGCACCUACAGCGAUAUUGAACAAGAUCACGCCGCUAAUUAUAUGAAGAAGUGCGCAAACACGCAUAAAAAUUUUUUUGCCUGUCAUAUAUGCUCAGGCAAUAAGGAGACACAGGAAGAGAAAGCGUUUAUAAAAAAGAUGAAUAAAAUUCAGUUGACAAACAUGGAGAAAAUGAAGCACACCAGUUUUAUUUGUUCCACCUGUUUGAACAUAUUUUCGUCUAGCGAUAACUGUGUGAAUCUAUUCAAUGUUUUCUUUUAA